AUGUUGAGAACCAGAAGUGAUGGUUUGCAGUACAUCAAUGAGAUGAAUCAAUAUUAUGAUGCCAUGCACUAUGUCCUCAUUUUCCCUAAAGGUGAUGCAGCAUGGUGCAUUGAAAGUCGUUCUCAACACCGAAACAAUCGCAAGGCGUCUGUGAUGAAUUGGUACAAGUAUCGAUUGAUGUACCGUGGUCGCGAUGAUGAUUCUCAACGUAACGAUUUGCAUCGUUUUGGGAAAUUAUUCCAGCAAUACAUUGUCGACAUGUAUGCGAAAAUGGAAUCCUCCCGCCUUGGAUAUGUACGACUAAACCAAAAAAAGAUGAGGUCUGAUCUCUAUUCUGGAGUCAUGGAUGCAAUGCGUUUAGGUGACAACGAUAUGCGUGAAGUUGGCCGAAGAACAGUUUUACCAUCAUCAUUUUACGGUGGUCCACGACACAUGCAGCAGCUGUAUCAGGAUGCAAUGAGCAUUGUUCGACGAUUUGGCAAACCAGACCUUUUUGUCACUUUCACGUGCAACCCAUCAUGGCCUGAAAUCCAAGAAGCUUUGCUUGAAGGCCAAUCUGCUCCUGAUAGACCGGAUAUUGUUGUUCGGGUUUUUAAGCUCAAGCUCAAAGAGCUCCUCCACGACCUCACUAAGCAACAUGUUCUUGGUAAAGUGAUCGCCCAUGUGCACACUGUGGAAUUCCAAAAGCGUGGCUUGCCGCAUGCCCAUAUUUUGCUUAUCCUUGACCAAGAUCAUAAGCCCCGAAAUGGUGCUGAUUGCGAUGAUAUUGUCAAUGCCGAAUUACCUGAUGCUGACAAGUACCCAGAAGCACGAGCUACAGUAUCCAAAAGCAUGAUGCAUGGUCUAUGCGGUGUAACACAUCCUCAGUCACCUUGCAUGAAGGAUGGUGUUUGCACAAAAGGGUUUCCCAAAACUUUUGUGAAUGAAACGAUCGUCAAUGAAGAUGGAUAUCCCCAAUAUCGAAGGCGACAAAACCCAAAUGACUAUGUCAUUAGAAAUGGGGCUAUGCUUGACAACCGAUGGGUAGUACCCCAUAAUGUGUAUUUAUGCACCAAAUAUGAUGCACACACCAACGUGGAGAUCUGCAGCUCAAUCCUAUCAAUCAAGUAUGUGUACAAAUAUGUAUACAAAGGCCACGACAGAGCUGCAGUAGCUGUAUCAACAACCUCCAACAAUAACAAUGCCCAAGAAGACGCUGAUGAGAUACGCCAAUAUCUCGACUCCAGACAUGUAUCUGCAUCAGAAGGAUGCUGGCGAUUGUUUUCGUUUUCAUUGCAUAAGGAGUUUCCUGCACAUCAACGAUUAGCCAUUCACCUUGAAAACGAGCAAUUGGUCACUUUCAAUGAAGAUGCUGAUCCAACGAUUGUAGCAAGUCGUGCGCAUGAAACAACGUUGACUGCAUGGUUUCAAUACAAUCGCGACCAUCCAAAUGAUACGGAAGCUCACGAGACCUUAUACCCUGAUUUUCCCGAACGAUUCGUUCACUUGGAUGACUCUCGCAGUUGGAAAAUCCGAGAAAGAGGUCAUGGUGGAACCAUUGGGCGUAUAUACAAUGUAUCACCACGAGAAGUGGAAAAAUACCACUUAAGAUUACUACUAUAUCACGUACCAGGUGCCAAGGGUUUCCGGGACCUUAGGAUAGUGAAUGGUGAUGAGCCGCCAACGUAUCAAGCAGCAGCAAGAUUACUUGGGCUUUUAAGCGCUAUUUGCCAUCAUCUUGCAUUUUGCACACCCGAAGAUCCGCUUGAGUUAUGGAUACAGCAUCGCGACGUACUUGCUGAAGACUUUCGCCAAGCUGCUCGCAUAGAGCUUCAAGAUCCCAAUCUUCCAUUCAAUGACUACAUCUAUGAUCAAGCAUUUCUGGCAAUUGAAGACGUCAUGAUUGGAUUAUCAAGGUCACUCGCUAAUUACCGGUGCUUUACGCUUCCCGAGGACAUACGACAUGAAAACCAUGAUGAUCCAUCUGAGCCACUUAUCAUCCGUGAGCAUAGACGCUUGACUCGCAGGUUACAAUUGUUGCCAGAGCCAACUCUUUCCUUCAAUGAAGACCAGCAACGUACCUACGAUGCAAUCUUACAGUCAUUGCAUAGCCAUGGAAACCUAUCCAAGGUAUUCUUUGUUGACGGGGCUGGAGGUACAGGGAAGACAUACCUUUUCAAUAGCGUGUUGGAUACAGUAAGGCGAGCUGGAGAUGUAGCCAUUGCUGUAGCAAUAAGCGGCACAGCCUCAGUGCUCUUACAUGGUGGUCGUACAGCCCACUCGACAUUCAUAAUACCGCUUAAAGUCGAUGGUACCACUUAUUGCAGCAUCACGCCUCGAUCAGCAACUGCUCGGUUAUUGAAAAUGGCAAAGUUGAUCGUAUGGGAUGAAGCUUCGAUGAUUAGCCGUCAUGUGAUUGAAGCUGGCAACCGCAGCUUGCAAGACCUAAUGAAGAAUGUCAACGAAGAGCUUGAAAACGUCCCCUUUGGUGGAAAAGUUGUAGUUUUUGGAGGCGAUUUUCGACAGGUCCUUCCAGUCAUCCCUCAUGCUACACGACCACAAAUCGUUUCACAGGCUCUCAAUCAUGCCAACAUUUGGAGACAUGUGCGUGUUUAUCGCCUUCAAAUCAACAUGCGAGUACAGCAUGCUAUUAAUACCAACAAUGCCACCACCUUGCAACAAUUCGCUGAUUACCUCCUCUCCAUAGGAGAUGGCAGAGAGCCAAUUGUACAUGGCACCGAGGAUCGCAUACGUGUCCCUGACAACAUGCUGCUUCCAGGUGACAAUGUCUUCACUCUUAUUGAUGCCAUAUUUGGUGAUCUCCAUUCCGCACCACUUUCCUCACACGACUUAUGGGUCGAGCCAUUUUGA